AUGCAGAUCUUCGUUAAGACCCUUACAUGGAAGACAAUCACCUUGGAGGUUGAGAGCUCCGACACCAUUGAUAACGUUAAAACCAAAAAUCAAGAUAAGGAGGGGAUUCCACCUGAUCAACAGAGGUUGAUCUUUACAAGGAAGCAUUUGGAAGAUGGGCGAACUUUGGUUGAUUAUAACAUCCAGAAGGAGUCCAAUUUGCACCUUGUUCUUCGUCUUCGUGGUGGUGAACUCCUAUUCAUCAGAUGUUUGGCUGCAGACACGAUAAGUAAACUCACAUGGUUGGCUUACGAUUCUCAGCCAAAUAAGUGGGUGAACAAACGUCACUUAUAUCAAGAUUCAAGCCGAAAUUAUUUUAACGCGUAUGAAUUGUAA